AUGGUAGACGUAUCAAUGGCAAUCGACCUCCAACGACCCGACAGCACCACCACCGCCAACAUGACAACAACAGUACCAAACACCCUAACCUUCACCCAAGAAUUGGAGAACAGCGCCAUAUGCAUGACCUGCGGCACGCAAUACGCCAUCCCCCUCUCAUCAGCCCCAAAGACAUGCAGAAUCUGCGCCGACCCAAGACAAUUCAUCCCCGGCAACGGCCAAACCUGGUCCAGCUACGCGCAAGAGCGCAACAAGCACGAGAACCACUUCACCCAAGACCCGCACGACAAGCGGGAUCUGGUUCAUCAACACCGUGCCAAAGGCAUGCAUGCCCUCCUUUCAAAAAACCCCAUCAGCACCGCACCUCUCGGCAUCAGCCAGCGCGCAAUCCUCAUCCGAACCCCACACGGCAACAUCCUCUGGGACCUCCUCGCAUGGAUCGACUCAAAAACCAAAACCUGGAUAACAUCCCAAGGCACCCUCACAGCAAUCAUAAUCUCACACCCACACUUCUACACCACCCACGCGCUCUGCUCCACGCUCUUCCCACACGUCCCCAUCCACACGCACGCCCGCGACACCGCAUGGCUCAACUACCCCACAACCCAGCCCUCUCGCCGCUCACAAGCCCGUCUCACACGAUCCUGCCGGGACUCGUAA